AUGGGUGAUGAAACGGAGGUUGCUCUUGUGCGGAAACGGCCCCGCGGCAUUCUACAUGAUGAAUCAGAGCAUUCAAGGUUACGGAAACGGCUACACUCAGCGAUCCAGGAACCUACUAAGAACCCAAUCCCAGAUGUUCCCUCAGUUGUCCGACUUCACGAGCUGCACUGCCCAGAUUCAAGCCACGUCUUAAAAGAUAUGCCAUUCCCGGCUCCUCUAGCCUCUAAUUGUCCACUCCUAUCCAUCUUUGGGAUUGCGUUUACCUGCUAUGGUUUUAUUUGCAGCAUCCACCAAAGGGUCAUUCCACCAAAGAGAUUACUGCAACAUAUAAGACUCCCGGACCACAAAAAGGCUUGCAGCACACGUCUUGAGAAGAAUUACAAGGUUGCAAUAGCGCAUAUUCUCGAGAGCCACUGCGUGCCGUCCGAUAUGGACGUCAUUCCAUUGCCUAGCGCCGUGCCUGACCUCAUCCCAGGCCUCGAGGCCAUUUUUAGUUUCAAAUGUCCCGCCCCAAACUGCCCUGAGUGGUUUAGAGCGACGCUGCAUGGCACAAACAAACGAAAGCAGCGACACGUUAUGCAGCACUGGAGCCGCUCGCACAGGGCUGACUUAGGCGACGCCCCUGCAUUCUUUGAAGGCCGUUUUAUCAUCCGCCCAUAUCUGAUGGUCGUGGACAGCAAAGAUCCUCUCACAUCAAUCGUUGUCGUCUUACCAGAGACGUGGUCUCCGCCUGACACCCCCUUGGCUACAAGUGCUCCCGAUGCACCUAUUAACCGCCUAGGAGCAACCGCACCUAAGGAAGCUUCAUUCCUCAGAGAUAUAAAGUGGCUGGAUUAUGCGCAAAGCUUGCAGGCGGAUACUGCUAAGCUCCAAGCGCUCGUCAAGUUACCUACUAGUAACGAGUAUCACAUCCUGCAUUUGUCUGAGAGGCAAGCACGCUUGGAACGUGGACUCCUAGAGGUUCACCGAUUGUAUAAGGGCUACCUCAAGGAUGCCAAUCAGUUUGUUGAGUCGUGUCAUCCAAACAUUCGAAGCGCUCUGACUUUUCAGACGCAUGCGAAGUAUAGGUUUAUCUCAGCUAAGAGCUACGUUACGUACGGGGCGCCUAUGGUCCGCACCAUUUGUAUGCUAGUGCGCUUUAUACAUUUCAAGACACGCAGAAAAGCCAAUGCCCCCAGCGCAAACAAGUCUCUGCCAGCUAAGCUGUCUCUCGGUACAUUCACUGUGACAGGAAAUGCAGCGCAAUUUAUGGCCGCAAAAUCCCUUUAUCAAUACAUCAUAACCGCUGAAACUCUCAGCUCCACCACUCUCUUGGAACUCGUCCAAGACUUAGUAGUUGUACUAGUCAGACACGAAAUCAAGACCAACAGCAUCAUGGAAUGUCCCACCGACCAAGCCUUAUUCCUAUCAUCCAUUCGAGGCAAGGACCUAUUUCGACUGGCUAGCCCCCUCAUUGGAGAUUGCGCCCGAUUGGCCCACAACUUCUACGCCGUCAUAGCUCAGUUUUCCCGGCUGCAGAGCGGUAGUAUGGCAAAAUUUACCCCAUUUGACAAUGCCAGCUGGAUGGAGGAAACAGCCCAGCCGUCACUUGCGGCUGAACAGCGAUUUGAAGAGUGCUCGGUCGAUGACCUGUUUAGCGACGACCUGUCCAGCGACGACAGUGAAUACGAGGAGGGCGAAGAUGUUGAGGCCGAGGCCAACUCAAGGUUUGAGUUGUUUUCUGAUGAGAGCGACUCGGAUAGUGAGACGGGCGAUAGAUGCCUGCCGCGUAUAGAGGGUGAAACAGAAGGAACCUUUAUGGAGAUCAUCAACGGCUCGUUACAUGACUUUGGAAUCGCAAAAAAGAAAAGUAUUGGAUCGUCAGAUCUGCUGGCAAUCAUUUCUGAGGAGGUACGCUUCCUGAAGCCAAUGGCUGGCGUCCACCCUGGCUAUUCGACGCCUUUCGAUAGAUUCAAGGGCGUCUGUGAGGACGGUCGAAGUCUCACUAUGGAAGACGGGGACCGCCAGCCCCAAACAUUUCAUCUCUUACAGCUUGCAAAUUGCGCGCACGCCCUUCUCACGCAGUUAGAUUCGAACGUUCUGCUUAAUCUUCCAAGCCGCAUUCACAAUCUCUAUUAUGAAUUCGACACAAGUCUAUUCACGGACAACCUUCUGGAGCAAAGGUCGAUAUUUAAGCAGGCGCGCAACAAAAGUCUACUAGCGAAGGUCGUCUCAACUGCCGGCGCCUGCAUCCUAACGCCAGGCGUGAUAAAAGACAAGAAAGCAGCUCGUCAAUGGCUCAAGCAAUGGGAUGAUGACGUCGUGCCUCUAAUCAUAGCUGGAUUUUUCUUGACAUGCGGAGUUCCUCCUCGCGGUUUCCAGCUUCAUUCUAUGUUACUGGACCAAUGCCCAGUUACUGAUAAAGCCCGUAACCUCUUCAUCAUCAACGGCUUACCGGCUCUCGGCAACCCAGUUUCAAAGCAGCGAGGCAAAAGCGUCCAAGAGCGUCUCUGGCUCUUUCCUCAAGCUCUUGCUCGGCCGUUUCUAUUUUACCUUGGAGUUAUUCGGCCCAUUAUACAAAUGCUUCUCAGGGACCUUGGGUGCGACGCUAUGUACCAAGAUACCCACGUCUUUGCCCGAGCACUUCCGCAGCACCGGCCAGAGCGAGAUCUCCCGCAAUUCUGGAAUGGAAGUGACAUCAAUAAGGCCCUUCAGCUAGCCACCGCCUCACUCCCAUUUCGGCUCACUUGCACUGCCCUGCGACGCAUCAUCACUGCAGUGUUUCAUCGCCACUUUCCAGAGCUUUUGGAUAGCCUGACUGGAACGUCUGCGGUGGACGGACAAGCCCAGCAUACCCAGCAGACUGGAGAUACGCACUAUGGACGAGUCUACUCCGCCCCAGCUGCCUUGGGAAUGACGCACGAAAAUGCAAAGCGCUACAUCACCAUGAGCAAAGCGCUGCAAGCUGCUUAUGGACUCGGCGCAGCUGAAGAAAGCUGGCAGGAUAUCGUGGCUAGGCUCCCUUUAUUUCCGACCUGCAAACACCACCACUACGCGUUCUCCGUUGCUAGACAGACCGUACUGCAACAAUACGGUCUAUGCGGUGAUACUUCUGGGAUCAAGAUAACUGCUCAGACUGUCCUCGAAGAUGCUCCGUACAUAAACAGUCAUAUCGUGGCGUUUACUUCUGAGAUUGGUGACGCUGCACUAAUUCAAGUGUCAAGCGCCGUUCUGUUUGGACCAAACCCGCCAGGGAACUCUAUCACAACACCACCUCCGGGCGGGUAUCUGCCUGCCGAUAUAGCUCGCAGCGUAGCUUUUAUCAUAUUAGCUAUCGAAGAGUGGGCCGACGGCACGUUCCAACCGGUGAUACUGGCUCAGCCCCCUGGAUCAAUCCACUUCGAGGAGCUUCGCACUGCAGCAGAGAAGAUCAUACGCAAACUCAGGGAAACUAAUGCGAAGGGAUGGGUCAAGUUAAGCGCUGACGUUCAUGCCUUCCGACAUCCUGCAGCAAGGCAAUUUUGGACUGUGCGCGGCCUGGGACGCACGGAAGAUGAAGACGUAAGCGUGGAUGAUGGUGCGGAACCUGCAGGAGAGGCUAGGUUUGACAACGAGGCACGCUGA